AUGAACGUCCCAGCUAUGGGCGUGACUAUGUUCCGGCCCACGCUCAUCUUUGUUGCCAAACGCAUGUUGAGCGCGGCUCUUCAAGGUAUCGAGCAUGGCCAGUUGAAGAUCAGCUACCCCUCCCCUGAGUCAGAGCAGGGAACUCACGAACAAGAUGUUUCCUUCGGCUUCGGAACACCUUCAGCCAUAGUGCUUGUGAAGGACGACUGGUUUUGGGUUCGCGUCUUGGCCUCAGGUAGCGUGGGCUUCGCGGAAGCGUAUGUCAAUGGCGAGAUCGACUCACCAGAUCUGCUCGGCAUUUUCAAGUUAGCCUUGCUGAACAGACGCAUAUUCAUGAAGCUGGAUAAGCAGUCGCCGUUCAUGACAAAACUAUACUCGUUGUUCGCGAGAACCAACAGCAUCGAACAAGCAAAACAAAAUGUCACUGCCCACUACGAUCUCUCGAAUGACAUGUUUGCAGCUUUCCUCAGCCCGGACAUGACGUACUCUUGCCCGCUGUGGCUCCCCUCGCAUGACCCAGACUAUGUCAACGACAGUCUCGAAAAAGCGCAAAGGCGGAAACUCUCAUACCAUAUCAAGGCCGCCAGAAUUCAACCCUCAGACCACGUGCUCGAGAUCGGAACAGGCUGGGGAAGCUUUGCGAUCCAGGCCGUGCAGGAGACGGGGUGCACCGUGACCACAGUCACCCUGUCUAUAGAGCAGAAAGCUUUGGCUGAAAAGAGAAUCGAAGCCGCCGGUCUGUCAGACAAGAUCACGGUCUUGCUCUGUGACUACCGGGAGAUUCCGAAGCUGGGUAUUCGGUUUGACAAGGUCGUGUCGAUUGAGAUGCUCGAGCACACGGGAAUCGAGCACCUUCACGAGUAUUUUGGUGUGAUCAAAGAUCUGCUGCCCGGGGAUGGCGCCAUAGCAACGUUUCAGGCGACGAUGAUGUCGGAGGCGAUCUUCCCCGGCGCGUACCCGCCUUCUCUGCUGCAGACCCUCCACGCGAUCGACAAGGGAACGGGCGACCACUUCAUUGUCGACAGGGUCGAGACCUUUGGCGGUUUGGGGCGGGCGUUUCAGGAAUGGGGCGAAGCCUUUGGCCGAAACUUUGAGUCUCGAAUUCGCCCUGACUUGAUGGCCAGACGGCCACAAGCCUGCGACGCAGAGUUUUACUUUACGUACUGUCAAGCUGCGUUCGAGGCGCAAACGGUUCGGACGGUGACGGUCAGGUUGGUGCGCACGGGGGCUCGGAUCCUUGCACAAGACUACUAUGAGUGA